AUGGCUCUCACCAUUAAGCAACUCAAUGGGGGUGCCUCCUUUCUGCUUACUUUUGAGCCCAUCGAGGAUGAUUCAACGGACGGCGCACAGGAAGUCGAGCCCUUCCGAGUCCUCCUAGACCCUUCGCUCGAAGGACCUUCAAAUAAUGGACAUGCGAAAUUUUCAUCCACCAGCUACACGCAAAGAGCACAUGUCUCAACAUUACGUGAGCUACCUGAACCAGACCUAGUUAUUAUAAGCAGCAGUCGCCGUGACCAUUGCAACGAGGCCACGCUUCGGCAACUAGCACCUCAUGGCACCAAGACGCUCAUACUAGCAGAGCCUGCCGCCGCAAAGCUCGUCAAAAGCUGGAGAUAUUUCGAUGAAGGCAAAGUUUUGGCUGUUGGGAGAUGGCAGGACCCUCGGAAAACCGGACGAGACACCGCCAUCAGGGUACCAAUAUCCCCCAGAGUGCUUGGAGGGGAUGAAGGCCAAGUUACCGUCUCUUUUAUAUCUCAGACAAAGGAGAGAAAAGGCAAUCAAGCAGCAAUCGGCAUAACAUAUCGACCAGCACCCUCUACAGCAACAAUUUGUCGAAGGCCAACAACCGCUACAGCAACAUCUUCGUCCACGCCCUUGUCAGGCUUCGCCUCACGGAUGGCGAGCCUCGUCAAUCUUUCCACCCAUGAAACCGUCAACUCGCCCAUCUUGCCGCCUCUUCCUGCUUUCGCACCACUCACACCGCCAGCCAGCCCAGUUCCUCCCUCGUUGAGGACAAAACGAUCUACGGCCUCGCUCUCCCCUCACGCCAGGGACCGCAGCGUGUCUAUAAUAUUCUCUCCCCACGGUACGUCCUACAGUGCAAUCGAGACAUACGCAACGUCACAUCUCGUAUCUGAAGCAGCACUGCCGCUGACGGCACUCCUGCACUGCUUCGAUACCGUCUCUCAACCCUGGUGGCUUGGUGGAAAUGUCAACGGUCUUCAUGAUGGUCAAGACAUUGUAGCCAAGCUCGGCGCAAGAGCAUGGAUCAGCAUGUACGAUGGGGAGAAGCGUACGCGCGGUCUGACGAAGAGAUUAACCCGGAGAACGAAGUACAAUAUAGAUGAGGUGCGGGAAAUUGUCAACCGGACGACGGACAACCUCGCCGAUUCUCGCAAAGCCGACUCUACACAUUCGGGGAAGAUUGACAGACCGACCGAAGUCAUGGCACUCAAGAUUGGUGAAGAGGUUGCUCUUACGAGCGAGGGAGUGUGGGCAGUUGAACCUCCGUCUCCGGCACAGUCGGUGCGUUGCGGUCACCGCUUGAGCAUCUUUCAUAUACUUAAUGGGGGAGGCACCGGAGAACGGAUAUCGUCAUUUCGAAUAAGUAAGCUCUGGUCGGGAAUAGCAAUGGUGUAA